AUGCACAUUAGAGAGCCUUUGUUUAUAAACCUUUUGGUUCCAAUUGAAGAUAGAAUCUACGAUAAAAUUGCUGAAGUACUUGCCGAAAGAUGCACAUUAGAAAGCAUAGAAGAUGAGUCAUUACGAUUAGCCAUAGAGAACAUACGGGACAGCGGAGAAGUGAUGGUGGAAGAGUGGUUGGAAGAACAGUUCUUCUGUCCACCUGGAUUACGACUGCGAGCCAAUGAUGACGUUGGAAGGAUAUAUUUGAGGAAAAGCGAGGUUUCAGAGGUUUGGCGUAUGUGCUAUGCUACGCUGAAUGAGCGUCCACAAUGUGAAAUUCUUAAUGCCGUGGAAGCCCAGUAUAUUGGAAUAGCUACGAAGGCAAAUAUUGAUAUCUUGCUUAUGGAGGAAACUGUUUAUGGAGAACGGUCAUACAGCCAAGCGCUAUUUCUAACUGAUCUUUACUCUGGUUAUUGCUUUGCCCGGGCUCUGACCGACAGUCCUGAUCUAGCUAUCAUUGUCCGUCAUGUUAUGGAUAUUUUUGGAUCAUUUGGACCUCCUGGU